AUGGCCGAUAUACACUCUUCUCCCGAAGAUAUCACAACCUCGCUUCCCGCCCUCGACGUUCGAUACGAAAGCAAAUUCAAGGAUUACAAUCUCUCGAAUAUUACACACGUUGUCGCCCAUCUAUCCGACAGAAAAAUCAAGAACAACAUGGAUUCCAAUGCCGAUAUCUCCAAUGAGUACGACACCGAGAAUUAUUUGAACAUCAUUGGAAAUAUGCUCUCCGUGACCUUCUUCGGCAAUGAAAAUCAGCUGGAAUGGCUACACACCGAGCAAAUUGGUAGACGCAAGUUCGUUGCAUUUACCAACAUCGAAAAAAAAGAGAAACGAAUUCAGAGUCCGAGCCUGAGCCCGAGAGACGGAAAGCUGCAGGUGGUUGAGGUCAUAUUCAUGCGGACCAGCCCCCGGGAAAUACAGAAGGUCUUCUGGAGGCCUGCCAGACCAAUUGUCCUUCGACGUGUUCUGGCUAGAGUGAAGAAUUCACUUGAGCUGGCCCGAGUUCGAGUUAUGAGGAGACGACUGGAUGUGAAUCACCGAAAAGUGACCCCAAGACCGAGGAAGGGUUCGGCUUCAGCAUGA